AUGCAUAAAACAGAUAACAGUGAGUGGAUCACACAUAACAAUCCUGACAUAGUACCGCUUUCAACGAUACAGGGAUAUAUUCAGAAAGGAUUUUUUUAUAAAUGUCUUCUCAAGAAUAUAUCGAAGGAUUUGGAUGAUUUUGGUUUACUCUAUCAACCCGUUCGAUCGGCAUUAGCUACGCGGGUCCAAAUGUCUAAUUUACCGCCUUUGCUAUUACCAGUAAUUGCUGGGGAAUAUGUUCAAGCUCGUAUUUCAUAUGUUGCUGAUUUUGACAGACUAUUUGUACAGUUAGAGAAUAAUGCACGGACAAUAAUAAACAUAGGCAAAAGACUUAGAGAUCUUACAAAACAAAGACAUAUGCAAUACUCUGAACCACUGUGCAAUCCAGAAUGUGGUACUAUCGUAGCAGCAUUAUAUACAAUUGAUCGUUGCUAUUAUCGAGCCUCUGUCUGCUCUAAAAAUGGUAUUGAUUCUAUAGUUGUACUUUAUAUUGAUUACGGGAAUAUGGCAUCUGUUAACAUCAACGAUGCUUUUUUACUGAAAGAUGCAUAUCUGUUAUCAGUUCCUCCACAAGCCGUACAGCUAAUCAUCGAAGAUGUGAGGAAACCUCGGCUGACUUCGGAACAGAUCAGAAAUUUGCUCACUGAUCAAACUAUUGCUGCACGGAUAAAUGAUGUAAGCGAGAAUGGAGAAUCGUUUAUUGCAAAUUUGUUUGUGAAGGACGAGAAAUACAGAACUGUUAAUCUUAUGGAAGUAAUACUUGGUGAAAGGCCAGCACCGACGUUGCCUGUUCCGAAACCGGCUAUUAUUGACAGCUUUUUGGAUAAUGAAAGCGAAUUAGUGGAUUGCACAUGCCGUGGCGGAUGGAAUAGAAUUUCCGAGAGUAAUUGUAAGACCGAUGGCCUUAGAAAACAAAAUCGCAGUGGAAGUUUCUCGAUCAACUUUCGCGGUAAUAUCAGUCAUAAUUUUAAUGGCCAUAGUAGUGGAAGUGCUGCAAAAAAAGCGAUAGAAGUUUAUUAUGGGACAUUAUUGUGUCAUAAUUGUGGGGAGUCCGGACAUUUGGCUCCUCAGUGUCCGAUUUAUCGUAGAAGUGGUUUUGCUAAAGAUAAAAGCAGCGAUGACAGUAGAAGGCAAAGAUUCGUUGGUAAUGGUUGUUUUACUGGAUCUUCUUACACCAGCAUUAACGGAAUUAAAGGACGUAACGGGAAUCGCUCAUCAGGGAGAAAAAAUCAAUCGCCUCGUCUGUUCCUUGACCGUGAUACUCAUCAUGGUGAUACCGCUAUUGGUAAGAGCGGUUGGAAAUCAGGUAAUUGGACAACGGAAAAUGCAGCAGAAAGUGAGAACAGUGGUUUCGAAAAAAAGAUGGAUAAGAAGAAAGAUACAGAAAAUUGGAUUGUGAAUGAAGGCAUGUGGGAAGUUAAUAAUGGUGAUAAUAGGAAUCAAGUCGAAGCAUUCGAAGCAUGCGAGCCUACUGAUAAUAGGAAUCAAGUCGAAACAUUCGAAAGAACAUCCAGAAAUCUUAUAGCUCCAUUGGCGCACAGUAAUUUUGAUGGUGUUGGAAACCGCAUAAAUGCAGAGUCUUGUACUGAAUCGAUUGAGGCCUCUGAAAAUUUAUUGAUAAAUGCAUUUGACGUUUCACUGCCACCCGAUUCGGAGGUUGAUAGUGGAGGAGCCAAUGGAACUAAAACGACGAAUGGAGGUCUUUCAAAUUAUGGGACAUCGAAUGAACCAAAUAAUGACCUGUUGUCAUUGAGCACACUUAAUCGUAUCGAAUCAGCAAGCCUUGAAGAAAUCAAGUUCGGUGAUACUGUUGGCGGUCUGCGCUCAGAUGGCUCGGCGGAAGCUGACCCAUUAUCAUUUUUUGUGCAGUUGGAUCGUGAUAAAAAUAAUAUUGAGCAUUUGAUAUUGUCGGAUGCUCAGUUGCCAGCUAACCUUCCAAAGUUGUUUUCAUUCGAAAUUUCUCAAGCUUGUGUUGCACUUUUCAUGGGAUAUUAUUAUCGAGCAGAAAUCAUUAGCGAAGAAAAUAGCAUUAAGAAAAGAAUCCUAUUCGUUGAUUAUGGUAAUGUGGAAGUUGUGGAAACAUCUAUACUUUACGUUAUCGAUAAGUCUCUUCCCGAUCAAUUCUAUUCAUCAAGGAGAUUAGCCCUCCAUUGUCGGUUACACGGUAUCAUGCCAGUGGCUUCUAAACAUUCAUUCGAUCCGGAAGCUCGAAAAGUAUUCUCAGAAUUGACCGCUAAUGAGAAGCUAUUCAUAUGUUUCUUGCAACAAUCAGUGAAAGGUAUUUAUGAAGUGACGAUUAUGCUUAGUAAUGGACAUUUCGUUUCCGAUAUCCUGAUUUCAAGAGGUUUCGCUGUUCCAUUCAAAUGGGGUAUUGGACCAUCGUUGCCACUUUAUGAAACAUUGGAUGUUCUUCGGUCUGACGAAUUUGAUCAUGUUCAUCCUGUUUUUACUGUUCAGUUAUCAGAUAGCCUUGCGCAGCUUGAACGGUUAAACAAUGGAUAUGUGGAUAAUAAAAAAGUGGUAGAAGUACCACAAAUUGGUGAUGUUGUUAUUUCAUACUUCGAAGAAUCGCCAUAUCGGGCAGAAAUAAUUGCCAUGGAAAUUGAUGGUGAUAGUAUAGCAUAUCGUGUGUGUUAUGUUGAUUAUGGCAAUGAAAGCCUCUGCGCCAAAGAAGAAUUGUUCGAGUUGGAUAGAGACCAACAGCCUGAUGAAAUACUUUAUACUCCUCGACAAAGUUUCCGAUGCCGAAUCGAUGGUGUUCGACCUUUAAAUCAUAAGGAAGAGUGGCCUGAAGAAGUACAAAAAUUCAUUGACAGUUUGCUAGCUCCUUCCACUUCAUUCGAAGCCACUGUUGGUAGUCCAAGUACGGAUGGAGUUUAUCCUAUUAGAAUUAUGGUACUCAAGAAUCAGUUGAAUGAAAAGGAUGGCUUGGGAGCUGAUGAAAUAAAUAACAUUAAUGAUAAAGUUGAACUGGCGAACUGGUUAAUUGCAAGUGGUUACGCAGAAAUGCGAGAUAUUUGGAGAGACUAUCCAGUAAAGAAUUUAUUAGCCGAUGGUGAACAUGAAUACGAAAUGUUCAUUACAGAAGUCGAUGGACAAAUCAUUCAUGCACGGCCAUAUAUUUUUGCUGAACAAUAUAAUAAAAUGAAGAAGGCACUUGCAAACAUUGAAACAGUUCCUCUUGCAACUGGUGCAACUACUGGCUUAAUUUCUUUGAACAACGAAAAUAAACGUGCUGUGUUGGUCUCUUCAGCAAAUGAUGCCACGCCAAAGAAGUGUUUAUUAGUCGAUGAAGGAAUUUCAGUUGAAGAGAUACCCUCUCAGUUUUUUGGGAUUGGUGAAUUAUGUGAUUCUGACGGGUUCUUAGUGCGAACAUGCCAUCGCUUGUCAGUACGGCUGAGAUUUACUGAACUCUUGCUUAACGAGAAGUUGAAAGAAACGAUAAUGAAUAGUGCAGCAGACGAUGCAGUUAAAGUCAUUCUUGUUAAAUACAAUGAAGACAGUAGCUACUUAAUAAGUGACAUCCUUUUCUCUGAUGGCACAGCUUUAAUGGAAAAACUCAAAAAAGCAAGGCAGGACAGAAUUGAUGGGAAGGAAUCAGCACAAGAUUUUGAUGUUAGUGACCUUAAGCAGGCUUCUAGUAGAAGUUCAAAUCAAGACGAAAAAGCAGUAGAUUUGAAUCCGCUAAAUAACGGAAUGAAGCAAAUUGAAUGCAGCGAAAAUUUAAUCACGAAUCAGGUUCCUGAUUUGAAGCCUCAGGCAUCGGAAAUAUCGAAUGGUAUUUUCGGCGAUAUGAAUAAAGAUUGUAGAACAUUCGAUCCUGAAAUUAUUGCUGUUCUGGAUUCGUUGGUAGCAGGCGUUUCAAAAUUUGAUGAAGUUCAGUGA